AACAAAUAGUACAAAAUUUAAAAUUAAAUACUUUUAAUAAAAGGAUUUAAUUAAAAAUUUGUGAUUGACAGUGUUGCCAAGCCGCCAAACCAAAAAAGUUCGUUGAUUAUUUGUGGUUAUGUUGUGCUUUUGAAAGUUGUGCUUGUGAUUUUGUCCGAAAAAUGACCGAUUUCUCCUUAAGUUACCGCGAAGUUAUACCGGACCAGAAUGUUUUGGACUCGUGGAAGGAAAUUACAUUAACCACUGGCGGCACCCAAAGUACACUACAAGAUAUCAAAGUAGCCGAGAAGGCAAACGGCUAUUGUUACGAAGAUUCGACCAAAACACACACCAGAAACAGAUUUAUUUAUUGGCGAAUAAACAACGAUGUUUUGGAACUAGUUGAGCACAGUUUGGAUAUAAAUCUAACAGGAAACAGAAUUCGUUAUAAAAUCGUCGACACCCCCAUUCUAGACGGCGUUUCCAUUCAUGAAAGCAUUGAUAACGUCAUAGUUUUAGUCCCAACUGUUUGUAGCGUUCACCGAUUAGUAUUUCCUCACCCUGACAGAUUUUACCGACAAAAUGAUGUAUCCACCCCAUCAAUAUUUUCCAAGGCGUCAGCCCUUGAAGCCAAAAACCCCAACACAUUCUAUGUCUUCAACAACCCUCACAGUGCAAAAGACCAAUUACCCAACUUGGCUUGUUCGUAUCUGUCAGUGGACACAGAGGAAGCCUAUUUCGUGCUUGCUUAUCCAUCAACUGAGAUGCUGCUCAUUAAACAAACUAAAGAGGGACAAUGUACAACUAUUGAAAUGAAGGGCGAGUCGUUGAUGCCCAGAUUUUUAUCCGGAUUGGCGGAGAAAUUCAGACAGAGGAACAAUGAAGCUGAAAGCAUCAUUAGUUUAUUGAUUUUGCAGCUCGAAAACGAGUUGUACACUGUCACCUUGUGCAGGGAGGGUCACUUGAAGUUCUGGUCUUGUUCCAAAGGGCAGUGCCUUGCUGUCAUCGACAUACUUUCAGAGAUGGGUGAUGGCAACAUAGGUUUAGUGCAAAGAGCUGCCUUAAGAAAAGCUGUGAACAGUUACCACACAGCUGAAAACACCUUGGCAGUGUUCCUAAGCUUCUCCAUAGGAUGCCAGUUCCACAUUCUAAAGCCGGCAAUAACUGGCCAACAAAUCAGGAUAAUUAGACUGAACACCCUUCAUUCACCAGAGAAUGACUUGAUUGAUUUUGCACUGCAACCCAACCGUCUGUGGUCGGCGUUUAGAUGUUCGGACGGUGAGAGUGCUGUUUACUCAGCUGCUUUGUUCUCGAACAGCUAUGAGACCUCCAAUUGGACACCAGUGGUUUUGGAACCUUUGUUGGAUGCGGAUUCCGUCACUGUUAACGAUGAAAUGGACCCCCGACAGAUUUAUCUGCAGCACAUCUUUCAUCCGGGACGGUUUCCUCUUCACAUCAUCAACAAGGCUUUAUGUAUUUAUCGAAGGUCUGCAUCUAUGGCAGACACAACAUUAUCCGCCUCAGUAUUAAAGCAAAGCAUCUGCAUGGCAGUGGAGGCUGAAGCCAAGACUGUGAUGAACGAGCAGGUGGUGAAUGAUCAAGAGUACAUCGAAUGUCUUCAGUGGUGUUGGCAGAAGUUUUACUCGUGCUGCGUCCAGUAUCACGUGGCCGGAAUGAAGCCGUUGGGUCUGCUUUUACUGCCCGCAGUGUCGGGGGCUGUUUUCCUGAAGAAGUCCUCGUUUUCAUUCCUGAGGCCUUUGGAGCCUUUGGAGCACAUGACUUUGUGCUCCGACAACAUGUACCGGGACCAGUUUGUUGAAUACCCCCUUUUGGGAGACGAUUUGGAUGGGGUGGGUGACGUGAUGAAUUUGUUUGAAGUGAUUGUGUACGUAGACAAAGAGAUGAGCGAGAUCUUCUCCGCCACGUUCGAGCGUGAACUGUCCACGCUGCAGUCCCCGGACGUCGUCAUGUCGGACCUGGUGCAGCAAAUCCACACGGAAAUGGACAGCGAGUUCACCAGUCAGGUGGCCGGAAUGCUGGGCCAAUGCACCGACCUGUACAAGGCGGUGCACAAAAUCCUCGAGCUGCUGCGCUACGAAAACCUGAACCUGGCCGAGUCGCACGUGGAGACCAACCCGUCGGUCGACCACCACUUCAGCUCGCACCUGGGCGUGUCGUUCGUCUCGAGCUGCAUACGCCAGCAGGCGGUGACCCGCUUCACCAUCUGCCGCAACCUGCUGUUGAUCUGUAACGUGCUGCUGGACCGCCGCGAACUGGACUGGAGCGUGCUGGAGGCGCUGCGUUCGGUGUGCAUGCCGGAGAUCGUCGUGUUCACGCAGGCCAGCUACGUGAUGACGUGGCUGAGCGGCCUGCAGGGCCACCAUCACUUGCACCACGACGCCAGCCUCCAAAGACUGGCGCCCAUCAAGCUCACCUCGGUGGACAGCCUGAGGACCAAGACGCUGCAGUCGGUGUCGCUGUUGGAGAUGUUCAUUUCGUCGUCGGGCGGGCAGGAGGCCAGGAAAACGUUCGGCAGGAUUAAGUACUGCGACGAGGACUUGGCCCACUGGCACCUGUCGUUGUUGCCUUACCUGCACCACCUGAGGCACAUAAUCUGGCCCGUGGGAGGGAGCACGGUUCUGGCCGAGUGGCUGCUCAGCAGUGGGCAGCACCUGUGGCUGCAGCAGUACGUCAGGUUGCUCAGCAAUUGGUGCGAGUGGAACAGCUGCACCCGCAACUUUCUGUUGGCUGCCUCGCUGUUGACCAGCGGCGAAAACUACAAGGCCCUAGACCUGUUCCUGACGGCAGUUAAGGGCAUAUUCCUGGACAAGUUCCUCGAGGAACGGUUCCUUAAGGACUUCAUCAGCGAGGAAAGUCACACCAAGGCGUACUUGAACUAUUAUCUGAAAGUAAUACAACUGUUUGAGCUCCACAAAGCCAAAGACUGCGCCAUUAAUGUGGCGAAUGCGGCCCUCAGUGUUGUCGACAGGGACGACCCUUUAAUGGCCACUUUGUACUCAAUCAAAUUCAAACAUCAUCUCUCGUUGAAACACUACGAAAUGGCUUUCGACGCCUUGUAUUCAAACCCUGAUUUGGAGAGAAGAAAGGACAACCUAAGGGACUUGGUUAAAUCCUUGUUGGAUGAGAAGAAGCUGGAUGUUUUGAUGAACUUCACCUACGGCAGCAUGGAGGAGUACUUCACCAACAUACUUCUAACAAGGGCCAGAGCGGCUGAUGCAGUCAACAAUAUUUAUUACGACUUCUUGUACUCGUACCAAAUUAAACGGGGACCUUUGUGCCAUAGAUUAGCUGCGUCUGUGAUGUACGAACAGGCCUUCAGGUUGAGCCAAAUUAACACUCCAGAGGCUUUAGAAAAGCAGGUGAAGUGCUACCUGGCAGCUAAAAACGUCCUCCACUUGUGCGACCAAAAGUACUCCUGGAUAGUCCGUCCAACUGACCCGGAGGAGGGCGACGAAGAAAUCGUGAUCGAACCUAGGGCGGGAACUGGCACUGUGGAAGACCUGCAAGUGGUCACCUUACAGAGACAAGUCGAAGUACUCAACAUAGACGCAAUUAAAAAGGAAUUACUAUUUGCCAGUGCCAAACUGAAGCUGUCCAGGUUUAACGACGCCUCUUCAACAAACAUUACAACCCCCAAUGAGUUGGUGUUGCUUUUAAACAAAGCGGGACUGUUUAAAAUCGCCCUAAAGAUUUGCACGGUGUUCAAUUUGUCUUACGAACCGGUGUUCGAAACCCUGGCCAAGCACUGCGUCUUAAUCACGGAGCAGGAGCACCCCAACGCCUGGGAGUGGCUGAUGGAAAACGACCUUCAAGACUUGCCAGUAAACCGAGACUCAAUCGCCGACGUUGUCUGGCAAUUUCUACGAGACUGCCUGGAGACCUACGAAGAGCCACACAUGACUGUGCUCCAUUACGUGGUCACAAGGAAAAUAAUCGACAUGAAAAUGUUCAUUCCCUUCUGGCUAAUGGCCUCCUACAAGGAACGAAACGCCGGAGAACUGCUUAAGUUGCUCCACAGAACCGGUAGACUUGAGGAAGCAGCGGAACUGACCAAAGAUUACCUAUCAGCUGCCAUGGGCUACGGAAAGGAGCUGUACGGCUUCCAAACCCCCCUGACGCACACCUCUAAGCCGUUCUGCCUCGCCGUGUACGCCAUAAAGAACCUGAUCGACGAGUUGGCCAUUCAAAACUCGCAAAUGAACAUGGACCCACCUUUCGAAAAAGAAUAUGAUUUGUUGUCGGAACUGUUCAAUAAAUACCUCCAGACUUCAGAAAGGAUAUCAAACCAAAUGGAACGUGAGACUUUCAGUAAAAGGGUGCAGGCUCCUUCCAGGAUUUCCAGUGAAAUAUAUAAGUUUUAAAUUGUUCGAAUGAAUUGUUUGUAUUAUUUUUUUUAAUAAAUUUAAAUGUA